AUGCCAAAUGGCGAAAAAAUUCCACGAGAUUGGCUAACGUGGAGUGAGACAAAGAAUGCACAUUACUGUUUUCCUUGCCGACUUUUCUCUAAAAUGCCAGAAACCCAUCGAUCGGCAUUAUCUCUGCCAACAGGAUAUUCCAAGCCCAAGGACAAUAAAUGGAAGAAACUUUAUGAAAAAAUUCCUUAUCAUCAAUCCAGCAGUGGGCAUAAGAUGUGUUAUGUAGAAUGGAGACGAUUAGAAGAAAAUCUCAGAGAUAAUACAACUAUCAAUUUUCUACUAAAUGAUAAUAUAAAGACAGAAGUGGAAAGAUGGAGGCGAAUACUUCGUAGAGUAUUAGAUGUUAUCUUGUUUUUGGGUGAAAGAGGUCUUGCAUUUAGAGGCGAUAGUCAUCUAAUUGGUGACCCCGAAAAUGGGAAUUUUUUGGGAAUUAUGGAACUCAUUGGUCAUUACGAUUCCAUUCUACAUGAUCAUCUCAAAAAAGUAAAAGCUUCUCAACAGAGCCAUAAGCGAAUGCAAGCACAUUAUUUGUCAAAUGAUAUCCAGAAUGAGUUUAUUCAGUGCUGUGCAGAUAAAGUCACAGAUGUGAUAUUAGAUGAGAGAGAGAAAUGCAAAUAUUUUUCAAUGAUUGUGGAUGCAACGCCUGAUACAGCUCAUAUUGAGCAAAAUGAACAUAAAAUACCACUGAUGUGCUGUCGUGGACAAGGAUACGACAAUGGGAGUAAUAUAAAAGGUUCAGUCAAGGGAGCACAAGCUCGAAUUCUUCAACAUUAUCCACUUGCUACUUACUCUCCCUGUGCUUGUCAUAGUCUGAAUUUAUGCGGUGCACAAGCUGCUGAAUGUUGUCCUCAAGUGAUAACUUUCUUUGGGAUAGUGCAAAAACUGUAUAACAUAUUUAGUAGCAGUCCUCAAAGAUGGGAAAUUUAA